UUGAAAUAAAUGCAAAGCAAAGAGUGGAACACCCUCUCUAAAUAGCCUUGCCUUAAAAUCCAGGCUUUCUUUCUUCCAUUGCAGCUCCUCCAGCUCUCCUACACUCUUUCAAUGGAGGUUCAAACUCAGAGCUUCUCCACCGCCUUCGACCGUGUCCCAACCACCACCACUCCUCCAUUUUCCUACUCCUUAAACCGCAUGGGCCUCCCGUUUUCCUCACCCCGAAUGGAAACGCUCCAUUCCACGACCCCCGCCGGUUCCAUUUCCGGCAAUGAUUCCACCUCCCUUCGAAUUGCAUUUCCCUCCACAUCAAACGCCGGUGACUCCUUUCCUCCCUUCGCCGUACUGACGGAGCCGACGGCUGCCUUGAAACUGCAGAAGGUUUACAGGAGCUAUCGUACUCGCCGGAGAUUGGCUGAUUCCGCCGUUGUGGCAGAAGAACUCUGGUGGAGAGCCUUAGACUAUGCGAGACUGAAUCACAGUACAAUUUCUUUCUUCAAUUUCUCUAAACCUGAAACUGCAGCUUCCCGAUGGACCCGAAUCAUGUUAAAUGCUUCCAAGGUGGGUAAGGGACUGUCCAAAGAUGGAAAAGCACAAAAGUUAGCCUUUCAGCAUUGGAUCGAAGCCAUUGAUCCACGCCAUCGCUAUGGCCAUAACUUGCAUCUCUACUACGAACAAUGGUGUCAAGGCGAUGCUGGUCAGCCCUUUUUCUAUUGGCUGGAUGUAGGAGAUGGAAAGGAUUUAGAACUAAACGAGUGCCCGAGAUCGAAACUCAGGCAGCAAUGUAUUGUGUAUCUUGGACCGCAAGAGAGGGAACAUUAUGAAUACAUAAUACUGCAAGGCAAGAUUAUCCACAAACAAUCUGGGAAACUCUUGGACACAAACAAAGAAUCAUCACCUGGAGCGAAGUGGAUAUUUGUCAUGUGCACUGCCAAGAAACUUUAUGCUGGUGAAAAGAAAAAGGGAAUGUUCCAUCACUCUAGCUUCUUGGCUGGGGGUGCUACAUUAGCUGCUGGAAGGCUGGAAACUGAGGACGGAGUUCUUAAGACUAUAUCAGCUUACAGUGGACAUUAUCGGCCAACUAACGCUAGUCUUGUCAGCUUUUUAUCCUUUCUUCAUGAGAAUGGAGUAAAUCUCGAUGAAGUUAAGGUCUACAAGGCCAGCGAUGAUCCUGAAAGCUAUGGCCAUGAAGGUGGAAGCGAUGAGAAUUACAUAUCAUCAAGCCGAUUAGCUGAAGUUUCCAAAGCUGAAACCAAAACAGAAUACCAAAGGACGUUAUCCGGGGGUCUGCCGAGCCCGAGAGCCGAGCUCCGGACGAGUGCCAUAUUGGAGAGGAUAAACUCCAAGAAAACAGCAAGAUCAUAUCAAUUGGGGCAUCAGCUGUCACUGAAGUGGACAACGGGAGCUGGUCCGAGAAUCGGCUGUGUAGCUGACUAUCCUGUGGAACUUAGAGUACAAGCCUUGGAGUUUGUUAAUCUAUCUCCAACUGUUGGCUCUGCACAAGGUUCAAACUUUGAAUCACCUGCUGUAAAUUUCUGUUCUGAACUCUGCAAUGGAUGUCAGGAUAAUUCCUCUGGAAACUAAACUGAUAUUCCCCAGUUUUCCAUGCUUUAAUGUUUGAUAUUGAAUCCUAUGGACAUUGUAAUGCCUCUCCAACACUUAUGCUGUCGAGAUUUACAUCUAUAGUUUGGUUGAA